AUGGCCACCUACGAGGAAGUGAAAGAUAUACCAAAUCAACCGCAUAAGUAUUUAUUCGAUGUACGUAAUAAAUCCGAACUAGAAGAAACUGGUGUACUGCCUGCUAGCAUUAACAUUCCUCUACCCGAGCUAGAAAAGGCAUUCAACUUGCCCGAUGAAGAAUUCAAGAAAUGUUAUGGCCGUGAAAAGCCGCCGAUCGAUGCUGAAAUGAUCUUCUCCUGCAAAGCCGGUGGCAGGGCAGCCCGUGCCGCUAUUUUAGUCAAAACACUUGGAUUUGCUAACGCCAAAGCCUAUCCUGGCUCAUGGACUGAAUGGGAGCAAAAGCAAAGUAAAUAAGCUUAACUCUUGGAAGCCGAAAGUAGAUGUGAGCUCAAAAGUAAUAAAUUAUUUGUGAAAUUACUAUCAA